AAAGCAUCAGAAUCUCUUUAUCAAAAUAAAUCAAAAGCAUCAAAAUUUUCCUUUCUCUCUUGUUAUGUAGAGAGACCUUGAAGCUUCUUUUUCUCCUGUGAAGAAAAUAAUAAUGGACAGUCCAAAAUCUCCUCUUCAACCUCCUACUUAUGGUAACUUGAUCACUAUUCUUAGCAUUGAUGGUGGUGGCAUCAGAGGAAUUAUUCCUGCAACUAUUCUCUCAUUUCUCGAGUCUGAGCUUCAGAAACUAGAUGGGGAAGGAGCAAGGCUUGCAGAUUACUUCGAUGUGAUUGCGGGGACGAGCACAGGCGGUCUAGUGACUGCAAUGCUGACCGCCCCAAACAAAGAAGGUCGUCCCUUAUUUGCUGCCAACGAGAUCAAGGACUUCUAUCUUGAGCAUUGUCCUAAGAUUUUUCCUCAAGAUCAAUUUCCUUUUUCGGCUGCGAAAAAUUUGUUGAAGUCUUUAACCGGACCAAAGUAUGACGGUCACUACCUUCACCAACUUAUCAAAGAAAAAUUAGGAGACACAAGAUUAGACCAAACACUCACCAACGUAGUGAUUCCUUCUUUUGAUAUUAAACAUCUUCAGCCUACAAUUUUCACUACCUAUGAGGUGAAAACUAAUCCUCUCAAAAACGCACUACUUGCGGAUAUUAGCAUCUCAACCUCAGCUGCCCCAACUUAUCUGCCUGCCCAUCACUUUCAAACACAAGACUCGGCCGGGAACGUCAAGGAGUUCAAUCUCAUUGAUGGUGGUGUUGCAGCUAACAACCCAGCUUUGUUGGCCAUUGGAGAAGUGACAAAGGAGAUUACACGAGGUAACACUGAUUUCUUUCCCAUAAAAGCAAAUGACUACGGAAGGUUUCUCGUCCUGUCGCUUGGGACCGGUGAUCGUAAGGUUGAUGAGAAAUUCGAUGCAAGAGAAUGUGCGGGUUGGGGAAUGUUGAGUUGGUUGACACACAAUAAUUCCACACCAAUCAUCGAUGCCUUUACACACGCAAGCUCCGAUAUGGUUGAUUUUCAUCUAUCUACCGUAUUCCAGGCUCUCCAUUCUGAGCCUAACUAUAUCCGUAUCCAGGAUGAUACAUUAACGGGGGACGCAUGCUCGGUCGAUAUAGCAACAGAGGAAAAUUUGAGUAAUCUUGUGAAGACAGGAGAGAAACUAUUGAAGAAACCAGUGUCAAGAGUAAAUCUAGAAACGGGGUGCAAUGAGGAUGCCUACAAGACUACAAACGAGAAGGCUCUUAUCAAGUUAGCAGGAAUCCUCUCCAAGGAGAAGAGACUUCGUGAUAUUAGAUCUCCUCAUGGAAAACCGUCCCAAACGCGUUAAAACAAAACGUCGGUUUGUUUAUAUAACUCAUUCGAGACUAAAGAGCACAUGUACAUAUGUACUCUAUCUUAUUACGCGUAUCAUAUUGGUAAUGCACUUUGAUUUACAAACAUCUUUGUAGCAAUUUCUAUAUAGUAUCUGAUUAUUAAGAGUUUCUAUAGUAGUAGGGUUGGUGUAAUUUUGGUUUUAUUGGCAUUUAGAGUUUUGAUUUUAUAUAAUAAAUGAACGCCAAUAUG